AAUUGUUUACUUCGGAUAUUAUAUUGUCGACUGUAUACUUCUCCGACUACUGUCGGGGCAUCGCCAUCGGAGUCUCGGGUCAUGGAGAAACUAUUGGAAACUAUUGGAAUGGAAACCCUACAAGAAGCAGGAGGAUGUUCAUCAACUUCUAUAGAAUCUAUGGUUGGGAGAAAGGGUACCAGGAAGAGAAAGAAAAUCACUCGUGCAGAUAGAGAAACAGACACCUCUCCACAGCCAAAACCAAAGAAGGUGAAAAACGCAACAGGUAAACCCUUUUGUUGUGACAGCUGCGGUUCUCGAUUUGUUGUGAAUCCACUUCGACGUAAACCCGGUCAGAGUUCCAAGGGCAAGGCAACGCCUCGUUAUGUGGUAGAUCAAGAGAGCCAGAAACUCCUGACUCUCUGCAAUGCAUGUGGCAUUAAAAUGGAGAGAAAGAGCAGGGCGCCCCCUCGUGACCCGCCGCCGUCAGUGGAGGAUAAGCAGCGUUACUACGAGAGUGCACAACACUUUGCCGCUUCGUUGGUUGAAGGGCUUGGGGAGCCCGAUGCCGAAAAGUUGACGUGUCCAGUUUACAACACCAAACCCUGUGGUUGCAUUCAAAAGUUCAUCAUUGGGGAAGGUGACAGAGAAGAAUCCAAGAAGCGAGCCAUUCAGCUGCUGAGCAUUCUUAAAGAUGCCAAACGUCUCAGGGAGAAGAAGUUCUACAACCGAGAAGAGGUUCUGAGCAAAGGCAAAGGGCAAAGGAAGGUUGGUCUAGGUAACGGUCAUCGCAAAGCCAAGGAGUACGAGGACUUUGUGCUCGCAAACAGGAAGAUCCUUCGUGGUGACUUACGGAUGUGCGAGCGUGCAACGCAGCGUAUCCUUCUCUACUCCAACAACUUCCUGCACAAGCGCUUGAAAACGGACCCCCAGAAUCGCACCCAGAGGCUGCAGCGAACCAAGGGGCAGGCUGCACUGGGCAAACUUGUGGACGUGGAGAAGCUAUCUGAGCAAACGUGCUGCUUGGAGAAGUGUGUGCUGUUGGCACGUACACACAGUCUGCUUCUGAAUCAGUGGAGGGACAGAGCAAUCUCUGGGCAGACGGAGGCUAGGAAAGUUCUUGCUGAGAUGCUUACACCUUCAGGUCAGGGAUCCAACUGCGCCCGUUUCAUCGCCAUGGUAACAGGCAGCAGCAUCACCACCAUCGCCAGGGUCAAGGACCAGAUGUGCAAGACGGGCGGGGACCGGGAGCCGCCCCAGCACGGCCUCAAAAAGUACUGGAAGAACCACCCCAGGAGCAAGACCUUGGGUCUGCUUGGGGAGGAUGGUGAGGUGCUCCAGGGCUCCAGGGCGGGGUCAGCAGAAGCUGGAGCCGGGCAGGCCGGAGCGCAAGGAUCUCUCAUGACCGUGGCACAACUGAUAGAGCAACAGGAUCAGUUGAAAAGGUUGCAGCAACAACUGGAGGAACAGCAGCAACAAGUCAGACAACAGCAGAGACUUGUAGAGCAACAAUUAAUACAACAUCAGCUGAGGCAAAAUAGGCAACUGAAACAACAGGCUGCCUUGGCUGAAGCGCAGAGGAAGGUCACACGUCAGAUACGAGCUGGAAACUUGCCUGGUAGCUCAAAGUCAAGUACAAGCAAUACUGCUACCGCCCAUCCUACAGCACAGAACAUGUCAACAAACAGAGGGACGAAUCCGUCUACUCUAACGAUGCAGCCUCUAACAGCCGAUCAGCAAGGCCGUAUCUAUGUACAAUCCCCUGUAUCUACCAACCAGCCAGCUCAAUCUACAGCAACACAGUCUCAGCCAUCCAAUCAGCAUGUGCCUACUAUUGUAGGCAUGACUAUAGAGCAACAACAACAGCAACUCCAACAGCAACAUCCCCUGACAGCUACAGUGGCAGGACUAGAGGGCAUCGAUGCCAAGCUGUUGCAGCAGAACUUGCAGCAGAUCCUUGUAGAACUGCAGAAUCAGAUGGUGACGCAGCAGAUUCAGCAGCAGCUGAUAAACUUUGGGAUGCAGCCGGGCCCGAGUGGUGGUAGCAGUCAACCCCCGAGCUACAGCACGGCAGUUGCAGCAACAAAUAACUCCCAGGUGCUGCAGACAUCACCACCGCAACAACCACCACCACAACAACCACAGCAACAGCAGAAGACACAGAAAGAUGGUUCACAACAGACACAGAUCAUCAUACAGACUAUUCCAAGCCUGCAACCCAAUUUGUUGCUGAGUAGCAAUGGGCACGGUAUACCUGGUAGCAGUAAUAUGCCACAUUAUGUCAAUACCUCAGCAAGCGGUUCCAUGGCUCGUCUUAAAGCAGCUGAUAGUUCUCAUGUCAUGGUUCCUAUCACUCUCCAUCACCCUGGUGGCCCCAUCGCAGGAGGAGAUGCGGUCAAUGUGGAGGAGGUCAAUGUUCAACUCCAAGAAGUGGUCAUGCCUCUGUCCACCCAGGAUAGCGAAGCUUGCAACCUGGUCCUACCACGGCAGCAACAGCUUCCCACCAUCCUGCAAGGCACUAUCCAGCAACACCUAUCGAGUCUUGGCCAUCUGGCCAGCCAUUCUUCAGAUUCGGGUACAACCCGGCCAACCACCACCAUCAGCAUCGAGAGCCUGUGUGGCAACCAGCAAACAUCGCCAGGCAACAUGGGGGAUAUCGUUGUGACAGAGGUGGACGAUGGUACCCGGAUGAUGCAAGGUAGCGGCGAGGAGAGCAUCCCAUCCGCUAUCCCUCUGGUCGGAGGGGUUUCCGUAGAGACGCUCUUGUCUCCGGAGGCUCUCCAUCUCUUGAACUCAACAGGGCAGGCAUCACUGAAUGUCUCUUUAUCUUCUGCAAGGACUGUGAAGCCGAACACACCAGGGGCAGGUGCCUUGUGAGAUAACUUGUUUGGUAGGAUGUGUAUCCUCUGUUUUUAUGCCUCAGCUACAAAGUAGCCGGAAGCAUUAAGUUUUCGGGUUGUCUGUCUGUACGUCCAUACGUCCCGUUCUCGUGAUCGCAUUAUCUGAAGAACCCAUUGAUGGAUUCCUGCCAAACUUUGUUCAUGUAUGUAUCUUGCAGAGCCGAUGAAUUGAUUAGGUUCUGGGGUCUCGAGGUCAAAGGUCACAGGGCUCACCAUGUAUGCAAAAAUAACUCUUUAAUCAUGAAUUCAUAAUUGGGAGAGUCUACCUACAGGUUGAUGAUAGACUGUCCUUUGGUUAUUGACCUUCAAUUCUGUCCUUCAUGGCCAGGCAUUGCUUUUGAUUGAAUAUGAACCUGACAAAUUUAUUUUGCUGUGUUGAGAGCUUUCGCCCCAAUACAUCCAAUGCAAGUCAUUUUGUUUUUCAGUUGCCCAGUCUAGUUUCCUACAUUAUGUUUUUCUUCUUCAGAGGGACUUUAUUAUUCCAUUACAAAAUACAUAUAGACUAUUUACAAAACAAGUAAAAUGAAACAUACAUUAUAUAAUAAAUGUAUAAACAUUACAACUACAGGGUAAAGACUCCAAUAUUUGCUGAUUUUUUAGUGCUAGGGAAACUUCUCAGUUUUAUGGACAGUUUUAAGAUUAUUGAUUGUUCAACAUAUAUUGUGAAUGAUUGAGGCUGCUAUCAUGUUUUCAUGAUAUAUACUGUGUUUAUUUAUUACCAUUAGAUUUUUUUAAAAUAAGAUCAAUAAUGAUAUGAAACGAUAAGCAUCAAAGAGAAGGGAUGUUCUAAAUUAUAUAAGAUUGUUUGAACUUGUCAGUGAUAAUAUGGCCUUAUCACUUGUCAUUUUUGUGUGGCAGGCAAGUAAGAAUGCUUAAUAAAAGUUUAUAAGCUGCA